GUAUUAAAGCUUUAGAAAAUACAAAGAAGGAAACAAUAAAGCCAUUUUGAUUUUGCUUCUUUGUGCAAAUGGUACUGUGAAAAAAACCAGACCAAAAACAUUUCCUUAGUAUCAAAGAAACAUAUUUUUCUUUGUCAUUUUACAACAUAAAACAUCGUUUUCAUUCUCUCAUUUCUCACUUCUUGUUUUACCUAACCUUUAUACCUUUAGUUCAAGGAUAGGCCUUUAAAAAAAAUUCUGUCAUGUUCUAUUCUAUGCUAAGUUUUUAAAAGCAUUUGCAUCAUCUACAUCAUAAAUCACACUAACAUUCCAACAGCUCCAUUCUAAAUUCCAGAAACACUAUUUCUUUCAUCAUGGCCAAUGAAGCUUCUACUUGCCUCUUGUUCCUAUCUUUUCUCAUUUUCUUCUGUUCUGGAACCAAUGCAUUUUCAACUUUUUCUGGAGCAAGAUUCCUUCAAAAAAGCAAGAUCUCAAAGUCUCAGAUUCAGUUUCUUGUUACAAAUCACAAGAUUGGGAGAAAACUUCAAGACACAAACCCAGCACCAACAAUCAUCACUGUUCCUUCAACCAAUCCUGUCACAACAGUUUCUCCAACAAAUCCAGGUGCAACACCUGUCACAGUUCCUUCUACUACUCCACCAUCUGUUCCAUUAUCACCAACAAAUCCAGCAAAUUCACCGGUACCUGUUACACCUAUAACUGUUCCAGGAGGAACAACACCAGUGAAUUCUUAUCCACCACCAUCACCAUUAUCAGGAGGAACAGGAACUGUUCCUGUCACAAAUCCUCCACCUUCAAGCACAAGUCCUCCAUCUUCUUCAGGAGGUAGCUGGUGUGUGGCUAAACCUGGAACACCACAAUCUACACUUCAAACAGCAUUGGACUAUGCUUGUGGAACAAAAGGAACUGAUUGUUCACAAAUAAACCAAGGUGGUAUCUGUUACAAUCCAAAUUCACUUCAAAACCAUGCUUCUUUUGCAUUCAACAGCUACUAUGUAAAGAAUCCUGCUGCAACAAGCUGUGACUUUGGAGGGGUUGCUACCAUCACUAACACUAAUCCUAGUUCUGGUACCUGCAUCUUCCCAUCAUCUUCAGGAGGAGGAGCUGGCGCAGGCGCAUCCGGCGGCUCUAGUACUACCUCAUCUCCAGUAGGGUUUGGACCUCAAAGCUCUCCAUUGGAUUCCUCUCAUUCAACUGGUCUGAGACCUUUGCUGAGCUGCAUGGUUGUGGUGACAUUAUUGGUCGGUGGAAGACUCGGCAUGAGCCCAUAGUUAGCUUCCAUGCUCUAUCUCCUCGCCGUAGUUUGUUAUACAAUUCUACACGCAGGUGUAGAAAGACAGUAGAGUAGUAGGGAGAGUUUGUGGCGAUGAUAGCUGAAUGUGUUCCUUGAUCUGUUUACUCAAGCUUAAGUGAAAGAAAGAACUUCAACAGCAGAAAUAACUGAGGACCUCUUGGUUAUAAUCAGAUUCAGGAACUGGAGUAGUUUAGGACUUUAUGUAGAUCAGUGUGUGCAUUGUUUGUUUUGGAAAUUAAUUUGCAUAUAGACUGUUAUUCAAGAAAAUAAGUUAUGUGGGUACUGGUAGAGUUUAAAUCAUGGUACUAACUAGUAGAUGGUCAAGAGAACAAUUUCAUAUCAUGAGAAAGAGACUAGUAUGAGAGCUUGUCUAGAUUAAGAUGAGUUAAGAAAUGAUGUCACUGUUGUUAUUAUAAUCAUAUGUAAAUCAACAACUAUGGUGUUGGUAAAAUUUGGAAGACUUCUGAAUCAUCACUACAAACUGUAUCAGACCACUACGAUUUUACAUCA